CAACUUCUGGUCCCUCUCUUUAUGUGACAAGUCGUCAGGGUAUUGCUACAACGCAAGGCUGGAGAGGCUGUGCUGUGGUAAAGGAGAGCUGUUUCUGCCGCCCUAGAGUGUCUGUCCCCUCAGCUCUGUCCCCUCAGCCGGGUCUGCAACGCUGACUCUGGGAUUUUCUUAUAAAAAUGCCUGAUGGACGGGAGGAAGAUCUGGAGGUCGGCAGGGGAAAAACCUUGCUGUUAGAGGCUCUUUCCCAGAAGUUGGACGAAGAGACUCAAGCGUUGCUGUUUCUUCCCUUCCAAGUCAAGUGGUUACUCUGGUAAUGGAUUGCCUCUCUCGGAGCUUUCACCCUGGUGAGACUGUCCAGAUCUAGUCUGCAAACCCAGCUUAGAAGCACUGUUGUAAAAAUGACUGAAGAGCCCAUCAAGGAGAUCCUGGGAGCCCCAAAGGCUCACAUGGCAGCGACGAUGGAGAAGAGCCCCAAGAGUGAAGUCGUGGUCACCACAGUCCCCCUGGUCAGUGAGAUUCAGUUGAUGGCUGCUACAGGGGGUACCGAGCUCUCCUGCUACCGCUGCAUCAUCCCCUUCGCUGUGGUUGUCUUCAUCGCUGGCAUCGUGGUCACCGCGGUGGCUUACAGCUUCAAUUCCCAUGGCUCCAUCAUCUCCAUCUUUGGCCUGGUUGUUCUGUCAUCUGGACUUUUUUUACUAGCCUCCAGCGCCUUGUGCUGGAAAGUGAGACAAAGGAGCAAGAAAGCCAAGAGACGGGAGAGUCAGACAGCUCUCGUGGCAAAUCAGAGAAGCUUGUUUGCUUGAGACUGAAUAAGACCAAAUGGUCUAUUGGGCCUGGAAAACCUGCUCUGACUUUGUCACCCAAUUCACCCAGAACCAUGGUGGGAGAGAACAGAUUCGGCAUUGGAGCAGACUGGAAGAAUAGGGGUGGGAGGGUGGAGGGGCUUCUCCUUUGUGAGGAAUGACUCAUGUCUUCUUUAACGACAAACUUAAUCCUAAGGGCUGUUUCUGAGACUGCAAAAUCAGCUUUCUAUUUACAUUAAACAUUUUGGGGGUCACGGGAGUGCACGGCAUUAGACAGCGUUUGGUUCACCCUGUAAAGUAGCCAAGAAAAGAUGAGAAAAUAACAAGAUAGGCCUGGCACACUAGACAUUUGCCUCCAAAAGAAAUAACCCACAGUCUUAAGAUGUACCAUAAAAAUGUUCUGCCAAGGAUCUAAAUUACCUUGGGCUUCGCAUAUAUCUAUGAAAUUCUGUGAUAAUUUUUUUCAAUACAUUGAUUCACUGGCAUCUGUUUUUAUUUUUCACUUUUAAUAACUCAUCACUGGUGGUACUUUAUCUUGAAGAGUAAACUAAUAUUUUUUAUAUUUUAACAUUGGACAGUUUUAGCCAGUUGUAAUGAUGUGUCAGAAGUAAAGAAAAACCCAUUAAAGGUAUAGCUAAUAGAUGCUGUUGGGGGUUAAAUUAAUAGUAAAAUAAUCCAAUAUAGCACUUUUGAUGAUUUUUAUAUAAAAAUCAAGUGUACAUUUCAUUCAGAAUAAUAAAUACUUAUUGCUGCUAAAACUUCUUAAGUGGUUGUUUCUGUUGUAGUUAUUUCUAUUGCAGUUCCAAAUUGCUAUAUUCCCUUGUCUCAUUUACAAGUUCUCUAUUAUAUUUCUCUCAAAUGGACAGGUUCCUUCUUUACUAGAGGAUUUUUGUUUUUAUCAUAUUGGUUUUUCAUUUGUUUUGAAUAGUCUUAAUUACGUUUACUAAAUUCUAAAGGAGUUCUGUGCUAUUAUAAUUAGGAAAUCAGUGUCUUUGGUCAGGAACUUUAUAAUGUGCUAUUAAAUGUGUAUUACAUUUUUGUGGAA